AUUGGUCUACUGCGCAUGCGCAGUCCGCUCCCAUCAAGACAGACCCUUGACACAGAAGGAGAGUUGGAGCUGUACCCUGAAGAGAAUACGAGGAGGAGCGUGUCUCAUCUUUUUGUGUCAAAGCGAGUUUCCUUUUGAAUGAAAUCACAUACAAAAUGGACUUUAAACUAGGUCUUUACUCUCCAACACAAUCUAUAGAUCAGUUGCAAAGGCCCGUCGAUGAACGCAUGCACAUUAGACGUCCUUCGGAUGAAAGCGAAAGAAUACUACGCAAGAUAUCGGGGGCAGGUAUGGCGUCCCUAGACCCAGCAGUUAACAUGAGUUCCCCUAGACAUCUCUCCCUCCCAUCUGAUGCCAACAAUAGUUAUAAUGAAGUGGGUGAGUUUGUUAAGAACGAACUUGGACUAGGAGACACUGGUAGGAUGAUAUCAACUGCUUUAAGUGAUGGCUACCUCCCUGGGAUUGGAAUGGAUGAUGCUUCUAAAUUAAGCCCUCAAGGUAUUGCAGGCAUGGAUCAAUCUCCACAGUUUGACGGACGUGUCUUUACGCCUGAGGACCAGCUGUUCCCACCUCUGACCUCAAACGACCGUCAUCCAUCAGCUCCACUACUCCACACAAUGCUUACCAGUGGAGUCAUGGGUAAUGCUCAACAACAGCAGCAGCAGCAACACGUUCAACAGCAACAGAUUCAUUUGCCUGAUACCAAAGACAACAUGUUAUUAAUUUCUCCUAAUGAUAUCGAUUCGAUGACCAGCCAGAGAAGCCGUAGUUGGUCUAUGCCAAUCAACGCUAACAGACCUCCACUCCCGCCCCAGAUCUCUAUCUCAAGCCCUGAUGAGACUCAGGACUACUUCUUGCCAUUUGACAGGCCAGUUAGCAUUGGUGAGGCUAGCUCUUCUCACGAGUAUUUCAACACUUUUGGUGAUGCCGCGAGGAUUCAGCAACACUUUGACGACACUGUACAAAAGUUUUUUCAAGAAACACAUCUUCCAUCAGAUCCAACUCAGUGGAAUGAGUCCAAUGUAUUUACUUUCUCUCAAUGGACCUCGGCCGAGUUUCAGCUCCCAAUCAACUUGCAGCUGUUCCAGGGGAUCAACGGGCUCCAGCUCUGCUCUUUCACUCAGCAGCAGUUUCACGGACUGGCUAAGGAAAGUGGACACACUCUAUUCACUUUUCUGGAGAAAAUCAAAGCCUCCGCUACUUUCCCUAGUUUUGGUGGCUAUCCCUUGCCUGGUAGUGAUAUGUUUCCAGACCCUGGCUAUUAUGUUGGUGUUAAUAGUAAUAAUACCAAUAUGUCUUCUGAAUUCUCCACAACAUCACCGCUAACAAGUCCUCCUUCUAUCUCCAUUUCUUCUGAUUUUAAGCCCAACAGGCACUCCGAGGAUUUAUUUGGUUUAUCUAGUUUUGGUUCCAAUGGGAGUGGUCAUCUCCGCCCACCACCUCCCCCAUACCAGCGUCCAGGUAGCCCCAGUGGUUCCGAUAUAUCCACUCCAUACAGUAGUCCAGUUCCUUCUCCUGUAGCAUCUCCAGGUCCUUCUCCUAUCCAUUCUCCUAUAUCUUACUCACCUAAUCCAUCACCUUCUGCUUCUCCUAUACCAAACAGAGCUAAUACUGGUACUGGUCCUAUACAAUUGUGGCAGUUCCUUUUAGAGCUGCUCACUGACAGAGACUGUCAAAACUGCAUUGCAUGGACGGGAAGAGAGUGGGAAUUUAAGCUGAUAGACCCGGAGGAGGUGGCCAGGCGCUGGGGUUCAAGAAAGAACAAGCCGAAGAUGAAUUAUGAAAAGCUAAGCCGCGGCCUGCGAUACUAUUACGAUAAGAAUAUCAUCCACAAGGUCCCGGGGAAGAGAUACGUCUAUCGGUUUGUGUGUGAUUUAGAAUCUAUGCUUGGAAUGUCCUUCAUAGAGCUUCAGCAGCAGCUCAAAGGAGAUUGCGUUGAAGGAUCGAAGCCAAUCAAAAUAGAGCGACAGAGGUCUUGCCCCCAGGCCAUCCCUCCCCCUCAGUUGUCUCACGGGAUGGGGAUGUUCCCCGGGGGAGGGGCUAGUGGUGUCCAUUACAUGCCGCAGGACGUUAACAUGCAGGGCUUACAUAUAAAUAGUCCAGGACAUUCUCCUUAUGCUGUGUCACCUUUAUCUACUUCACCAGUCAUGAGGGGCUACAUGCAAUAAAAAUUGUUAUUUUUUGUUAUUUAAUUAUUAUUAUUAUUAUUAUUGAUGCAAUGUUGUAAUUUCUUUCCCUCUUUUUUUUCAUUCAGUAACUGCAGCAACUCAAUCAUAAAAUGCAUUUCUUUUUUCAUCUAAUGU